ACGCCGGGCCUGGGGCUAGUGGCAAGCAAGGGCGCUGCUGCUGCUGCGUCUGACCACCGGUCAAACAUCCCGCUCAUUCUCGUCCUCCAACUGGACCCGAAGGCGCGCGCUACUCUCGUGAGCUAGGGCCAGGCAGACAGUCCCCGCGCUCUACGUCGGGGGCCACAGCGGCUAGGGGUGGUUGUUGUUAUUUUGAUUCUUCUUCUUCUUCCCUCCUAUGUGUGUGGCUGGAGUUUUAGUGUGAAAGUAUUUUGAACUGCGAGCGAGCCAGCCGGGUGGAAAUGUGAAAUGUUAUGUUGUUGCUGAAAUUUGGGCUGUGUGCAAAGGACAGAUCUUCUAGAACGAAACUGAUUGUUCAACACAACAAUGUACUUGGAGUGACUAUUAAAUAUAGUGAGACUGCUGCAUCUAGGCAUGCCUUUAAUACCAUCUCUUCCAGUGUGAUAGCCCAGAUGAAAUUGUUUUUUUUAUUUCUGGAGAGCUGGGUUGAUGGUGUGUGUUUUUUAAGGAUUGUUCUUCUAAUUCUAAUAAAUGAAUAAUUUAAUACUAUUCAGACAAAUGAUUUAUCAUUGUGUGAUGUGUAUUUAUAGUCAGUGAGGCGAUGUGUGCUAUUGCCAUCAAGAGUGCUGUGCUUUGAAAUGUAACAACUGUUGUUGGACUUGCUUUCUGUGUGCGCUGGGUUGACUUUUGAUGCUGAAGAUGUCUUUGAACAACAGAAAACAUAAAACUUAAUGAUGUAAUAUGUGAAAUAAAAACCAACAAAAAUGAAGAAAACAUGCCACUUGGAUUUUUAAAUCAUGAUAUGGAUAAGUUGUGCAGUGGGAUGGAUAUUAUGCCUUUGGCCCUAUGUAUGGCUACCAUGCCCAGGAGGAACAGUUCCUGAAGAUUUAUCUCUACAAUCCUAAUAAUGUUCGCAAAGCUGCAGACCUGUUGCUGGGUGGGGCUGUGAUGAGCAAGCCCUACCAGCCCCAUGAGUCUCACAUACCUUAUGCUCUGCAGCUUUUCAUCGACUACAACUUGUAUGGAAUGAACCUUAUCAAUGUUUCUGCACUCAAGUUUCGCAAACGAGGAAAAGCACCUGACGCACCAAGAGAUGAGUCUGGGACAGACAAUGGCUCCACAUGUCAAUCAGCAGCUUUGCAGAAAUCUUUGUCGACAUCGUCAUCAUCAUCAUGCCCAAGAUUUGCUCCUAUUACAAGUCGAGUUUGGCAUGAUGAAAACAUCCCAAGUGACAUGUGGCUGCCGUCCAGUGUGGAACGCCAGAGCACUUGUGAGUUAGAGGUGGAUGUGGUGGCUGCUGACAUCUUGAACAGACAAGAACUUGAGAGCAAUGUUGGAGCCAACCCUGGCUUAGCUGCUCUUUGGGAGGAUGAGAAACAGAGAAAACGAGAUGCAGGAGAAUCCUCACUUAUUGAACCAGAAUCUUCUCAAGCGAGAGGAGGUGUUGAGUGCUCAGAGAGUGAAAAACUCCUUGUCCAACGAUUUUUAGCUUUGGUACAAGAGCAGCAGGCGUUUAGGGAUAGCCAGUCUGAAGAAAGUGGAAGUUCACAACCGUCACUUUCAGCAUCACAAUUGGAAAGGCAUGUGUCCAGAGAAGAUUCUAGCCUAGGCUCUCCUGACACUGUCAUUCUAGGGGAGUUGAGUGAGAAUGAGGACAUGGAGGAUGAUGAGGAUGCUGAACAUCCACCCAUCAUCAACAUGGACUCCAUCAAGAAAGUUGUUUCUUUCAGUCAAAGUUUUUCUGCCCGAGCAUCAGACGACCCUGCCCAGCAAAGUUCUCAAGACAAGACUGUGGCAGAGGUACUGGCUUCAUUGUUGGAGGAAAACGGCGCACCUCCGAGUCAGCUGAGAGCCUUGGAGGAACAGGACAGUAUCCUCAGUCAAAGUUUGGUUCUGGGAGAGGAGGAGGAGAAAGAGGACGAAGAGGAAACUAUGGCCAUGACCCAAAGUGUUUUUAAUGUGGACGAGAAGGAUGAUGGGCCAUCUACGAGUAAAGAUGUGACAUUGCGGAAAUCAGAUGAUGAUGAUGACAUUGUUAUGGGCACAGAUGAAGAAAGCAGUGAUGAUGAAAUUGAUUUACUACCUCAGUUUGAUGGAGCUUCUGAUAAAAUUUCUGGAUCAAUGAAAAAGUCUGACAAAUCUGGGUCAAGUUCUACGCAAUCUCCUGCGUUGGAUGAGGUGCCAUCGAACCAAAGUCUGUCCAUGGCUGGUCGCGCUGGAGGGUCUGGAGCUGGUGGGAUGGUGGCUGACAUGACCUGGGGAUCAGGUAGAUCUCAAGGUGCAGGAGGGAGUGGCUCUCAGGGUAGCGGUUACCCAGUGCCUGCAGGGGCAUCCUCUUGGUCACAGCAACCUGGAGCCUGGGGGUCCUCCCCUCAGGUCAGCGGGUCGUCGUCGUCGUCAGGCUGGCAAGAGCAGCCAGGGGGCAGUGGGAGCAGCCAGUGGACAGCACAGCACCACCAGUACCCUGCGGGCUGGCCGUCGCAUCACUCAUCAUCUCGCCAGCAGCUUCAGCAGGGGUCACCGGUGGCCUCACAGUACAUGUCUCACCAACACAUGCCCUUCAGGUCGCCCACCCCUACCAACCCCCACCCGUUCCACUCUCCCUCCCACAACCGAUACGCUGCCUCGCCGUCCUCGCAGACGCAGUCGCAGCAGGGACAACCAUCAUCUUCACAGCAGCCAGCAGCGUUUCAAUCCCCGUCCUCGUCCCCCCACUCCUUCCAGUUCUCUCAGUCGCCCUACCAGUCUCCUUCAUCUAGCCAAGGUGUUCAGGAUCCCUUCCACAGCCCGUCAUCCUCCCAACUCCCUUAUCAAUCCUCUAGCCACCUCAGUCAACAGCAACAACAACACUACCAGUCACGUGGCCAACCCUAUCACUCCCCUUCUGCGAGCCAGCCGUAUCAUUCACCUCCUUCAAACUUGCCGCCACCAUAUCAGUCCCCUUCGGCCACCCCAUCAUAUCAGUCCCCGACCUCUGCUACCCACCCCUAUCAGUCCCCUGGUGGGGGACAGAUGUACCCGUCCCCCUACCAGUCCCCAUCUCAUCAGCCGUUCCAAGCCUCUCCCCGACAGCCAUUUGCCCACCCAUACCAAUCGCCCACUCAAGGAGCCAGUUCUAGCCCUGCAGGCUCCAGCAGCAGUCGCUACCCAGGUCCUCCGACCCUCCACAGUGGUGGCUGGAGCCCCCAAGCUUACAACGCUUACUACCAUGGUAGUAGUGGAGGGGGGCAGCCCCCUGGAGGAGGAGGUAUGGGCAGUAGCAAGCAGCACCAGCAACCACCACCGGGAUCUCCGCACGCUCUACAGCAAGCCCGACAGUCCCCUCACCUGGCCUCCUUUGGACAUCCAAGUUCUUCAACUCAGCCUCCUCAGACGCAGCAGAUUGCCAUGAGCUCAGGGUCGUCUGGUUCUUCUCAACACGCUGGUGGGGCAAGCUUGAACCAUGUAGUGAGCUCCCCGCCUUCCCAGCAGUCGGCACCCAGCUCUAGUGGACCUGCUGUACAGCACAGUCUGGCUCCAGGUUCUAGCAGUGCAGUCCCCUCGGGCUCUAUUGGAAGUGCAGGACCUUCCUCCUCGGUCUUGGCUCCAGCCAGUGGCAGCGGCAUUCACCCUGGUGUCAUGUCCCAUAUGAUGACCACAGGGUCUCAAGCCCUGCAGGGUAAGUCGGCCCAACUGCUGACCUCCUCAGAGGGGAAGAUGUCUCCCAGUUUCAAGUCUCCGCAGCCACCUUCUCACUCUAGUCCUCUCCAUACCUCAGGGGACAGAGGUAAGGUCAAUCAUACGAGCAUGGCUCAUGCUGUUGCUUCAGGGGUGCCAAUGGGGGCAGGCUCUCCAUCCAUGCCCCAGCAGUCUCAACAUUUCUCUUCUCAGGGUUCUUCCCAGCCUUCUUCAGCUGCUACAUCAGAUAUGAGCUUGCUGUCUGUCAAAGCUCAGAGUGAUGGAGGAUCUGUUAUUCCUGGUAGUGGGGAGAACAGUAAUGCUGUGAUGCAGACCUCACCUUCAAGCAAGAAUUCAGAAGCUCAGUCUAUCACUAGAAUUUCUACUCUGGAUUUCAAACCCAAGGCUAAAGCUAACCUAGAAAAGCGCACUGACGAAGAUAGUAAGUCCAAGUCAGAUAAGAGCCUGGACAAUACUUCAGCCACGCCAAUGAUUCAGCAGCUGCUGUCAGAAGAGUCACCAGCGAGGAUGAAUAUUACUCAGGAGGAAAGAGAGGCGGCAAUAAAGAAGCCCAUGCUUAGCCCCACGCUACCGAAGAGCAAGAAGAAGAGCAAGAGCAAGGGAGGUCAGAGUGGCAAGAGCCGACCUCGCAGCACCAGCAUGUCUUUCCCCAUGGCCCCUGUGUCGCCAGGCUACCCCAGCUACUGCCCUCCUCAACCCAUGAUGAACCCUCACAUGCUUGCACGGCCCGGACGCUCUCACUCAAUCUCCUUGCCUUUCAGCACAGAACAAAGGAUGCACCAUGGACCAGGGGGACCAGAGUAUUCUUGGCAGCAGCAGCAGCAGUGGAAGCAGCAAAACUUUUGUGGCCUACCCAGUCAGUGGCAGCAGCAGCAACAGCAACAGCAAGCCCAGCACCAACAACAGCCUCAGCUGCAGCAGCAGCAGCAGCAGCCAUGGGGGCCGAGUCCGUGGCAGAACUACGGCUCUGUGGGAAGCCCAGUGAACAGCCAGCCGGGCUCAAGUGCAACAGUUUCCCCUGUUGUCAACAGCCGACUGCAGCAGAGGUCUUUCAGUGCCGACUCUGCCCAGCCAGGUUUCUUUCAGAACAGCUAUCAUCCCCAGCAGAAUCAGAUAAUGCCUUCUUGCUCAAACAACAGCCAGACCUCCAGCACAGCUCAGGAUUCGCCACUCAGCCAGCACCACCACAACCAAGUCACCACCACAGUAACAGCAGCCACCACCACUGAGUCAAAAGUUGCUGCCACGGGAGAGGAAGCUGAGGAGAAUGACAAGUCAUCUCUGUCCAGUCUUUUGCAGUUAGUCUCUGAUGUAGGCUCAGCUGGUGAAGGUCCUAUGUGGGACAGCGGGAGUUCGACUGUCGUACCCAAUCUAUUCCCCAGUGGCAGCAAUGGGGGUGAGCUGGAGACGAACAAAUCUAGCCCCGUCAUGUCAGAGCUGAACCAGGGCAGCCCAUCUAUCAAGGAUUUUAUAACUUUAGAAACUGCCCCAUCAUACCACCUGAAGCAUCCUCUGUCUUACGAGCCGGCUGGCUCAGACACGACCGGUGUCACCUCUUCAGAGGAAUCUGACAAGGUGGAGUCAGACAUUGCUGCAGACAUCAAACCACUGUUGAAGGGUGUCGGAGCAGGAGGCACCAUGCCUCACUCUCGUCUGGGAAAACACAACCGCAUGAAGAAGAUGGGCCUGGCUCAUGGAAGGCUCUGGCUCUCUGGGCAGGGAGAAGGUGGGGCCAAUCCUUCCUACACUUACACCUUUCAUGUGCCCACCCCAGUAUUCAAGAAGCUCAAAUUCUUUAAAAGCCCUGAGGCACGGAGACACAGUGUGAAAGUUGUCCGAAUGCACCCCAUGGAUGCCCGUCGCUACAGUCUGCUUAAGAUAGGAAGAGAAGUGGUCAAGGUAGUCAAACUCACUGAGGAAGACCUAGCGCGGUACAAUGUUACCCUUCCACUACCUUCACGAAAUCCAGAUGGCUCCAGCAACAGAGUAAACCUGGACAUCCCGAGCGUGAGCAUGGACAGAAAGGGUUUUGACAGCUCUUCUGAUGACGGAGGUCUCUCCAAGUUUGACACCGACUUCCCUCCAAAUAAAGUCGCUCCGCCCAGCUCUUUUCACGUCAGUCAGGUGAGCGCCUCUCUCUCAAGAGCUAGCUCAUCCGUGUCCAGGAACCAGAUUGUCACAGCGAGCGCUGCCAUCAACAAUAACAAUGCCUCAUACCCUGACUGGACAGGCCGGCAGUUUCAAGGGCAGCAGCAACAACAACCCUUGAACUACAAUGGGGGAAGUCAACACCUGCCACACCAUCAAGGUGCUUCUCCAUCAUAUGUAUAUCAGUCUCCUGGUGAGGACAGGAAUUUUAGAACUUUCCCAAUGCACUCUCCAGGUGGUUCUGGAAGCUAUAACAUGAACUGCCAGUUCCCUCCACAGUCAGAUAGAGUGGUAGCUGGCUUUCCACAGUCCAGUCCGAAGGAUGAUCACUUCAACUCCCCAGGUUCUGCCACGUCUUCUGUACUGCCAAUGGGAACCUUCUACUCUAGUCAACAACUAGGAGCCUACUCAACAAACCACCCUCAGUACCCCCAGCCACCCCACCCCCACUUUUAUCCCAGCCACCGUCACCCACAUCCCCAGCAUCAUCCACAUCAUCAGUUUCAGCAAGUUCCGUCAGGGCAAUACCCCCAGCCACAGCUAGCACAGCAGCAGCAACAGUAUGCGGCUCAGCAAGGGGCUGCUGUUGCAGGGUACCCCAAUGCUCAGAUGGAGUCAAAAAACGAGUUGCGUUCCCCGGGCCAGCAUGGGCCAGUGAGCACAAUUGACAGCGGGAGUGUCUCGGGCCACAGUGGUGAGGAGGAGGAGGCGGCGCUGACUGCACCACAACACCACAGCGCCCCCACCACUGGGACCUUCCCUGUCAAUACCCGGGUGAACGCACUGAAGGGGGAGAACCAUGCUGAACAUCUGGCCACCGCCACCACCACCACGGCAGUGACCAUCGUCCACCGCCGGUUGUGUGCCAGCACAAGGGAGUCUGGGAGCAGCUCUCAACAUGCUCCGCAGAUUGAACCUAAUACUGACUCUCAUGAUAACCACAUUUGUGAGGGGGACCGAUGUAUUCAAUGUGCCACAAUGACACAGGGAGAUAGACUAGAACUUAACUGCGAUAAGUUUCGCCGGAAAGUACGCAGGAAAAGAAGGAAAAAGUCCCGCUUGUCUUUGAAGCGAACUGUGCCAUCUUGUAGGGGUACUGCUGACAGUGUGAAUGAGAGCUUGAAACCUGAAGUACAUGCGAGUGAAUUUUUUCAUAAUCAUCAGGAUAGUGACCAUAAUUGUGACGUGAAAGAUUGCUCUGCAGCUGCAUGUAAUGCUGAGGAGAAUCAAUUCACCAUGCUCAAACCGGAUGUGAAUCUCAACGACUCUGGGGUAUUGGAUCGAAAGCUCAGGUCGAAGAAUGUAAAGUCCUUGCACUUGAAGAUUCCGAAAUCUGUCUGGGAAGGAGGAAGUGCGGCUGCCCCUGGAACGAGCUCCGCCAAUUCCCUAGCUACCAUGGGCAGGCUCUCGGUAUCCAGCUCCCACAAGGAGACUUCAGACGAUGGGGCCAGUGCAGAUUGUGAAUUCCUGCCUUUGUACCCACGCAGCCUGAGGCGGGCGCGAAUGCCUUCUGUCAGCUACUCGAGUCUGAAGAGCAGGCAGCCUCGGAAGAAACAAGAGCCUGUCCAGAAAGAGGGAGUGCACUACAUCGUGGUUGGCAAGUUUAAAGGUUACAAAUCUAUGCAGGUGCAGAUAGAGCGGGUGAAUGUGGUGAAGGGGGAUGUGGUUGAUGCUAGACAUUAUGAGGAGAUUGCUAAGAAGUCUAUAGUGCGCAGACCCUCAGGCAGUUGUGUUGAAAAUGGACUUUCAGGACUACUGAACAGGAGCGCCACUUCAGAAAAUAACCGUCAUUGCGAGGAGUCGAAUUUUGUUGAUGAAAGUGGACCUGACGGUCAACCUACUGGGAGUCUUUACAAACUUGUUUCGGCGAAAAAGAAAAAAAAGGUGAAACCAGGGCGAAGAAAGAUGAAAAAACGUUUAAAAAACGGGUUGAGAAAAUCUAGUCAGAUUUCUUCUUCAGAGGUGUUGCCAAAAGAUGCUCAGACAAAAAACGUAGAGGCUGGCCCCUUCCCCCAGCAAGGGGCCAGUGAAAUAUCUUUUAACAGUUUGCCCAGCUCUCAUGAUGUUUUCUUUUACAAAUUCAAGGAAUACUUCAUACGAAAGCAUCAUGAAAAAGAGACCAUUUCAGCCGGGGCUGUGCAGCAGUCCAUUGCCACAUUUUUCCCAAAUGUAGGGGAAGCUGAUGUUGAGAGGUUCAGACAAAAAUUUGAAAUAAACAUGACAAAGCAUAAUCAUGAAGAAUUCUCCUCCAGCUCUGAUGAUGAAGAUGACUUUCUCGAUGAUCUGAUUUUGAAAGGGAAAAUUUUAGAGCUAAAAGCAAAUCAGCUGGAGACAAGUUGUGAACAAGUGAGGGACAAUGAACAGUCAGAAUCUAUCCGUGAGACAGCUGUUGGUACAAAAGAACUCUGUGAAGAGUCGAGAGAGCAGCAGAUUUCUGGUGCUCAACCCAUCUAUAUUAGGACUCCUGAUGAUGACACCGUGAGUCCGAGCAUUCCAGAAAGUAAAACCCACUGUGUGGAUGUGGUCACUCCAACUGAUGUGGACAAUGUUUUGCCUUGUUGUGAAAGGAGCCAACUUCCUAGUCCAAUACAGGAGAGCGAGGAUGAAAAGUUGAUAUUUACACCUAGCAGUCUGCCCAAUCCGGUAGAGCUAAAUUCGAGCGCAGAAAAAGGUGAAGGACGGGACGAUUAUCUCAAAAGUCAAAUGGCCUUCUUUGAAGAUAUCUCCUCAGAUUCUGACAGCAAUAAUACCAUUAUUGUUGAUGGCGUCCCCGGAAAAGAAAGUGCAUCUUUCACGAAAAGUUUGACUUUCUCUCCCAUUGCUGCAUAUUCGGCCAGGAACACUGCAGAAAUAUCUCCACCAACAGAGCAAGUACCUUUUGGUCUUAUGGGACCUUUUGGAAGGUCUGUCACCGAUCCUCUUGGUUUGGAGACAGCGGUUGCUCAGUGUGGCCUUGAGGUCCACAUGGGUACUGCUGGUCCAAGGCUGCAGAGGUCUGAGAGUGUGGUGGCAGACCCGUUGGUCACUGACCCGUUGGGUCUCGAGACCCCUGUGAAUAACACCUGCAGCAUGGAGGUCCUAAUGCAGGAUGCCAGUCAUGGGUCCCAGAAGUCGGAGAGUGCUGCCAGUCUGACAACACGCCAAACCUCUCUCGUCGAGGAAUCUGCUUCUCAGGACUGCCCCUUGUCACCCUCACUUGGUGCGGCUGUAGGUUGUAACUUCCACAGACCUUCAGUAUCGGUGUCAGAGUCGAGCCCAGGUCAAAGCCCUGAUCAGAGUCUGGUCAUCGAUGAUGUCCCAGAGCCAUCGGGAGCACAGAUUGCUGUGAUGGCAUCCCAGCAGGCUGCUCAGGGAGACACUGGUGCAACAACAGAAGGGAGGGAGAGGAAGUGGGAAAAAGCCUCCUCUUAUGAUGUUGCUGUCAGUGAAAUUAACAGCAGUAAGUGCAUGGAUGAUAACAAUGAUGGCUGUAAUGCAGUGAAAAGUCUCGAUGAUCAUGAGGAAGUGCAUGAGGUUGACAAGACAGCACAUAUGAAGAUCAAGGUUAAUUUAGUCACAAAUGCAAUUGUCAAAAAAAUUCCCUCAGUCACAGAAAGCAACACAGAGACCUCUAAAGAAGUAUGUAGUGAAAAAGAGACAAUACCUGUGAAGGAAGAGAACUCUGGGAAAAGAAAGACUGUGAAAAUACUGAAAGGGCGCAUUAAGUCGAAAAAUAACAAAAAAGUUCCUGAUUACCACAGUAGCUCUAACGAAGACUCUGACGUUGCCAAGCAUUCUGUGUGUCUGGAGCAGAGUAAACGUCUCCGGCAGCGCAAACAGGUGCGCUACACCUUUUGCCCAGAGGAAAUUGGUACGUCUGAUGAGUUCCGCUCCUCUAGCGAUGAUGAUGUUAGUGAUUCCAGUGUGACAAGAAAGAAAGGCAAGCGCUCAAAGAAGACCAGGGCUAGAGGCUCGCAGAAGAACGUGGUUGUCUUGCAAGAGCAGAGGUUCCGCGAAAGAGCUGCAGACAAAGAUAAUGCCAGUGCAACUUGUAGCAACCCAGUGAAGAGCAAUGUCGGCUCUCGAGCUACUCGUGGGAAGAAAAAGAAAAUGGCUGGUGGGGGCAAACUGUUCAACAGCCUGAGCUUGCUGCACAUGGCCACCCUAGCUAAUCUGACAGAAGUCCAGGGGGAUGGAGAUGCUGAGAACCACCAGUCUGUGUCGGAAGUGGCGGCUGACUCGGAUGAUGUUGUGCCCUCUCAGUACUCCGAUUCGGCGAGCAUGGACCAUGAGGCAGAGUACAGCUCCUCUCUAGAAAACAUGUCUUUCAUAUCUCCUCACACUUCAGAGGAAUGGGACGCCUCACCUCCCCUGGCAUUUUCUCCAACAGAUAAAAAGAAAAAGUCGGGUAAGGAGGCAGGAGGUUGGCGCGGUGGUAGGGGCAGAGGCUCUCGGAGGUUCCUCAACUUUCAACCUCGGCUACGACAGAACAUCAGGCCGGGCCUCAACGGGGCCUCUAACCUGGGAACCAAGCCUUUACCCUUCAGCAGACUGGUGAAUUCGUCUGCUUCCUCCUCCCCGGUACCCUCCAACUUUACAUUCAACCAUACCUCCAUGGAUGCAGUGUCCUUAGCACAGAAUGAGAUUGUGCCAGCUAGUGAAGACGCUAACAGCAGCAACAUUGGGAACACUCUUCACCUUCUUGAGACUAAACGAGCCCAAGUGAACUGCGCUUCGUUUUCUAUGAAGGACAUCUUACGACUGACCACGAGCCAUGAAGAUUCAAUGGACUCUGACAGCAAGGACAGUGCAGCGGUGUGCAAGCCACCCGAGCCGCGGCGAGCACAGGUUAAGAGCACCAGCCUCUCCAUGUCUGACAUUCUCAAGCUGACAAACUCGGAGAAUGCAGAAGUGGAUGAUGGAAAUGGCACACAGGCUUCCACUUCUUUGCUAUCUCAGCUUGCUAAUUUCACUGUGCCUAAAGAACAGGGUAUGGGUAUGGAUAAAACGGGCGAUGAAGACGCCCCGCAGGCUUCAAAUUCAUUAUUAUCUCAAAUGGCAAAUUUUUGUAAUCCAGUCGUAGAUAGAAAGCAGAGUGUGGACUCUGAAGAUGGGGAAGUCACACAGGCGUCCAAAUCUUUACUAUCUCAACUGAAAGACUUCAGUCUACCACAACAGGAGCAGAAUGAGAAAAUCACUGUUGAUGAAAGUGAUUCCACCACUCAGGCUUCAGACUUCUUGUUGUCCCAAAUGGCAAACUUCAGUGCUCCACCACAAAGUUACAAAAAAGAGACCCAUAAAGGUGGUGAAGAACCCACUCAAAUAUCAAAUACUUUUUCUUCUCCACUAACAAGACCGAGUGUGCCCCAAGAAUGGAUUCAAAAGGGGACUCGGAGAGAAGAUAUAAGAGAAGAUGUACAGGGAAGUUCUCUAAAGACCCCAAAGGAGAAAGAUAUUGAGAAAGUUGAGUGUAAAUACGUAUCUGUUGAAAAUUUGCCGAGUGCCGAUAAGAGUUGUACUUAUGAAAACUUGGCUCUGCAUGUGACCAGUGAAGAGAAAGAUAGCUGCAAAGAUUCAACAUGUGAGGACACGUGUAGUAAAACCGAUCAAACAAGUUCAGAGGUAAAAAAAGCUCUUGCAAAACAUAGUUCUUCUUUGUUGAAAGAUAAAGACAAAAGCACUGCUGAUUCAACUGGGGAGAUUGAUGGAAAGGAAAAGGCUCAAAAGAAAAGUGCAUUGCUUCCUGUGAAAGGACUUGUGAGUAAUGCUGACAAUGAUGUAAAGGAACUGUCAGCUGUCAAGAAAAACGACAACCACUUGUCUUUAGUCAGCAACAGUCCUUCUGAAAAUCACUCGGAAAUGGAUGCUAAAAACAUUUCACUUCUGUCUAGUGGGAGAGCAUGUAAUGGUAAAAUCAGUAGGCCUGUGACUCCUGAUGUAGAUGGCGGUAGCUGUAAAAAUUCAAAGGAUGAACUCUUGUCCUCAGAGAAAGAUAUGUCACCAAGAGUGUCAUUGAUAUCGUUAGAACAUAGCUUGUCACCUAAAAGUAGAAAGGAUUCAAUUUCUCGUGAACUGAGGACAGAAAAUGAGACUGAAGUGAAAGACGUGCAACAUGUCACAGAGAGCAAAACUGUACCGAACACCCAGAGAUCAGAGGGUGCAAAUUUGGAUUCAACCGAAGCUGAUGUUGUACCUGAAACCCAAGAGCUCCCAGCAUCAGUCCAUGUUCCUAGGAUUCUCAUCUCCCAUGUGGCUGACAGAUCCCCAGCAGAUAGUACUGAGCCACCAUGGAGCUUACACUCAAUUUCUCAGUCACAAGGAAUUGAUCCAAGGCAAAUUCAGCCUGGCUUCUCAUCAAAACCUUCUCAACCAGGGCUUCAACCCUUGAACCCAUUACAGAUACCUGCAUACCCGGCUUACUCUGGCCAGGCAUUUCCGACUGCACCGGCAUCAGGCCAGAGCUACUCAGGGUCGGCCGGAGGUGGUGGGACCUCUUCCUACUACUCCUCGUACCCGUUCUGCUGGCAGUGGCCGGCCCCUGCCACCUCGGCAGAUGCACUGACCAGCCCUCUCAACCUGUGCACCAGCAAACGGUCUCCAAACAACUACUCCCCGAUCACGCCCACUUCGCCAGUGUCCCCGUUUGACCCUGUUCCACAGCCACCUUCUAGUAGUGGCUUAAUGCCAGCUAAACUGAUGUCGCCACCUCUGAAGAAAGUCAAGCCUUUGUGGUACCCAUGGCUGUCAGUGGAUAAGAGUAGUGCUGCUGAGAAGGGAGUGAGCUCAGAAAUGAGUAAAUCUGUUGUGGCCUCUAGUCAGGUGGCCAAUCCUAAACACAUGCCGAAAUCUCACUCUGUGAAUACCCCUGUGCAUAAAGUCCAACACAGCUCCCCACACAGGAUUGAAAAUUUACUCUCAGAUUCACCAUCAAAACCAUCUCUGAAAGUCAAUAAAGCCUCCUUUUCAAGUUGUAAGACGGUCUCUCAAUUGGUCGGAACAGUAAUAGAGUCUGCGUACCCGCCAAGAAAAGGAAAUGGUGGUGGGUCUGUAUCGUCCAAGGAGAAGGUGUCGUCUUACACUUCGGGGGAGUUCUCCCUAAACCAUGUGCCUUUGAAGGCAGCUGUGCCAUCACCUCUUUCAAAACCAGUGAUGGAGCAACCUCAGUUUCCAGGUUCUCUACCUGCUACUGGUCACCAGGGGACACGUCAAGGGGAGCGCAGUUGGAGCAACCACAUGCCACAGACCGCCACAUAUAACGUUCUAGCUCCUCGCCAUCAACAACAUCCAAGUUUUGUUUCGCCAUCUUAUGGAAAGCAGAAUGGUGUUUGUGCAGCUGCAGUCAGCACCACACUGAGCUCAAAUAGACAUCCUCAUCAAUCUUACAGCAAUGACCUCAGGGCAAGCCCAGGGAGCACAGCACCAGCUCCCCGUCCUCGACACCACCAUGAGGAUAAACGUAUCAGGACCAUGUUGGAGAAUGAAAAAAUCCUCCGCGGUCAAUUUGGGCUUGGGUCACCUCAUGUGCCCCCCUCCUCUUCCUCUCUCUCUCCUAAUUCUGCCAGCCAGAGAGAACGGCCAAGCCUUACUGAUCUGGUGGUAACCAAACUCAUCAAAGGCAAUGAACCAGAGUACAAUCAGAAUGAGCCAUUUGAAGCCAGUCGAGGGAAGAAACGAAAGACAACAGGAAAUCGAACAGGGGGCUCACAGUCUUCAAGCAGUGGUGGAGAUGGUCCGUCCCUUCCAGCAUCAUCGGAGGGACGUCGUCGGGGGAACUCAAAGAGCCGAGGCGAACGAGACGAGAAUGGGGAGCUGGAGAACAGAAAGAUAUCAUCUGUCCCGAGUGAUGGGGAGCGAACUCUCUGUCCUGUGAAGCCGCCCCCGAGAAGAGCCGGAGUAGAGAACAGUAUGACGGCACUGGGCCUCAACUCUGUUCAGCCACCAUCAGCCUACUGCAGUGUGAUGGAAGACUUGCCAGACAAGCCCAUGGAACUUGGGGGCAGAGUGUUAAAGGUGGACUCAAGACGGCUAUCCGAGCUUGAACCGUUUCCCCCAUGCUGUCACAUCAAUGGGAUCCGUGCAUGGCGGUCACAGUCUCUCCGUGAUACAACAAUCUUAGCCUCGCAACAAGCUGACGGGAAGCCACUGUGGGACAGAGUGCAACAUGAACCACAAAUGCGCUUUCUACUGUCAGCUGACCAUCCCGUAGCGGUUUCCCCUUGUGUGGCACCUCCCUCACGGCACAAUGUCGUGAGAUGGCUAAAGCAGAAAAUGGCAAGCGUGAAGCAGGCACGGAAUUCUUUAUCGUCGAGCACAAAACUAAAGGCUGACAGCAAGGCUUAUAAACAGAACUCAGGGACCAGUUCUAAAGAAAAAGAUAAAAGGAAAGCAGUGACGUUUUCACAACUCAACUUUACUGUAGAUCGUUUAGAGGAUGAGGAGCUGGAUUCCAAUACCUCCAAAAUAGCUUUAGAUACAUCCGGGCUUUCAGAUUCAAUACUGGAUGAUAGUUCUACUCUAGUGGACACUGACCUUGAUUUGAGUUGCACACCGGUGGGGCCAACUCCGGCCCCAGUGAACACAUCAAAAUCUGACUGCGGAAGUCAAACAAAGACUUCCGCUACCACCUCAACUCCUGUCUCUUCUCACAAAAGAAAGCUGCGUUUCAGCACUGAGAGCACUGCUAGUGGUUCGAGUGAUGGUGCCAUGUCACCCCCAGACCAUUCUCUGGAUGAACAUUCGAAAAACGUGAAGAAGGCACGCGCUGCAGAGUCUUCCUCUGAAAGUCGUGCUCCGGUGAGCUGCAGCACACCGGUGAGACGAGAGUCUCAUGAUAUGUUUGACCCCUCCUGCACUCCCAUCGUGUCUCCUCCCUCCGGGAAACCAGGGCAGGGAGAGCCCACGGACAGCAACACCACUCCUGUUGUCAGGCGAAUUUCUACCAACACGGAAAAUGUUCUGCGGAGGAAUGUUCUGCAGUCUCAAACACAGCGGCAGUUUUCAGUCUUGGGCUUCACAGCUGCAGAAAAUUCCCAGAUAGAAGGACCUACACCUAAGAACACUUUUGGCUUCAAAGUAGCUCAGGACCACCUUCAGAACUCAAAAGCAUUGCAUAAGCACCAGUAUGUGACUGCACUGAGCAUGGAACUGCACAUUGAGACCAGGGGAGACCUCCGGCCUGACCCAGAGUUUGACCUCAUCCAGUCGCUCUUCUACUCUGUCUUUGACGACAUCCCCGACAGUAAAGGAAAGCGGAACAUUGUAGGAGUGCUAGUCGUGGACCCAGAUUCCUGGCAGGCCGUUACUGAUCGUAGUGCGAAGGGCAUGACUACUCAGAAAUCAGAUCAUUCGGGCGCAUCCGACAAUAGCAGAUUGGACGAUGCAGGGGUCGGGUUUUCUGCCGCACCAUAUUCCUCAUCCGUGCCCACUUGUGGUGGCGGCAAGGGUCAAGGAAUGUCUGCCGAAACAUUGGCUGCUGAAAUCAAAGAUACUGCAGCGUCUUCAUCACUGAAACCAGCAACGCCGUCAUCUCCCACGCCCACUACGUCGAAAGCUCGGCCUGUGACCCCGACAAAGGGCAAAGGUCGGGGGAAGGGGAGGGGUUCAAGUUCUCGUUCAGUGUCUCCGGCGGGCCCAAGAAGAGGCCAGAGUAAUGGUCCUAGUGCAGCCCUGCUGGAGAAGUGUGCUGUGGAGGGCGUUGAGGUGACGUACGUCCAGGACGAGAUGGAUCUCAUACACACCUUUGUGGAACUGAUGGCUCGCUUUGACCCCGACAUCCUGGUGGGCUUUGAGGUGCAGAUGCUGUCUUGGGGCUACUUGCUACAGCGGUCAGCUCAGCUAGGUGUGGACCUCUGUUCCCGUUUGGCUCGGGUGCCAGAUGCUAAAGAUGACAACCGUUACAGUGCAGAGAAGGAUGAAUGGGGCGCAGACCACAUGUCUGAGAUUCACAUCGCUGGCCGCGUGGUGCUUAACCUGUGGCGGAUCUUGAGGCAUGAGGUUACUUUGAACACAUACACGUUUGAGAAUGUGGCCUUCCAUGUACUCCACCAACGCAUUCCGCUGUUUUCAUUCCGGUCCCUGAGCAAGUGGUACAACCACAAGACUCACUUGCACAGAUGGCGAGUGUUUGAGCACUACGUGAGGCGAGUGAAAGGUCAGCUGGAGAUCAUUGACCAACUUGACCUUAUCGGGAAGACCAGCGAGUUUGCUCGUGUUUUUGGCAUUGAGUUCUACGAUGUCUUAGCAAGAGGCACACAGAUCCGAGUGGAGUCCAUGAUGCUACGUCUGGCCAAGCCCAUGAACUACGUGCCGGUGUCUCCCAGCGUGACGCAGCGAGCCCGCCAGAAGGCGGCGGAGUGCAUCCCCCUGACGCUGGAGCCAGAGUCCAAGUACUACACCAGCCCCGUAGUGGUUCUGGACUUCCAGUCGCUCUACCCGUCCAUCAUGAUCGCCUACAACUACUGCUUUUCCACCUGCCUGGGCCGCCUCGACCUGCUGGAGAAGGCCCAUGAAGGCCCAUUUGAAUUUGGUUGCACAUCACUGAAACUGACUCCAUCCGUGCUCAAGAAAGUCAAGGAUCGCAUCAAUGUGUCCCCAAAUGGUGUUGCCUUUGUGAAGCCUUCUGUGCGGAGAGGGGUUUUGCCAAAGAUGGUGGAGGAGAUCCUCAACACCAGAAUCAUGGUCAAGAAGUCAAUGAAGUCGUGCAAAAAUGACAAGACUCUGACCCGCAUGUUGGACGCUCGCCAGCUGGGCCUCAAGUUAAUUGCCAACGUCACCUAUGGCUACACUGGGGCCAGCUUCUCCGGUCGCAUGCCUUGCAUUGAGGUUGGUGAUAGCAUCGUGCGGAAGGCCCGGGAAAGCUUGGAGCGUGCCAUACAGCUGGUGGAACAGACGCCUCGCUGGGGGGCCUCUGUCAUCUACGGAGACACUGACAGCCUCUUUAUUCACUUCCCCGGCCGCAGCAAAGAUGAGGCUUUUGUCCUUGGGCAGGAAAUUGCUGAUGCUGUCACUGCCAUGUUUCCAAGCCCAAUGAAGCUCAAAUUUGAGAAGGUAUACCUGCCAUGUGUCCUGCAAACAAAGAAGAGGUACGUGGGCUUCAUGUACGAGACCCCAGACCAGACCGAGCCAGUGUUUGAUGCAAAAGGCAUUGAGACCGUUCGCAGAGAUGCCUGCAGUGCAGUCUCAAAGAUUCUGGAGCGUUCAAUCAAAGUGCUCUUCACCACCCAUGACCUGUCGCGUGUCCGAGCCUAUGUGACGAGACAGCUGCACAAACUGCUGGAGGGAAAAGUGAGCAUCAUUGACCUCAUAUUUGCCAAGGAGUUCCGUGGCCUCAUGGGUUACAAGCCAGGGGCCUGUGUGCCGGCCUUGGAGAUCGCUCGAAAAAGACUGCGUGUGGACCGGCAGUCUGAGCCGCGGGUGGGUGAGCGUGUACCGUACGUGAUUGUGCACGGCAGCCCGGGCCUGCCCCUCAUCCAACUGGUGCGGGAACCCGAGGAGCUCCUGCAUGACCCAGGGCUACGGCUCAACGCCACCUACUACAUCACCAAGCAGAUUCUGCCUCCGCUGGACCGACUCUUUUCUCUCAUCGGGGUCAACGUCUUUAAAUGGUACCAAGACAUGCCAAAAGUCAUGCGAGUGGGGCCCAUGAUGGGAGCAGCAGCUGCGACAAAGCAGGGUACUAUCUCCCAGUUUUUCGCCACCACAAACUGUCCAGUGUGUGACAGCCAAACCAAGACGGCUGUGUGCAGCGACUGCCGCAAGGAUCCCCAACUGGUGGUCUCCACCCUCACACACCGCCUGCAGGAGUGGGACCGAACCUUCUACCGACUGGCACAAGUGUGCGUUAUGUGUCAAGGAGUGCAGGAUGGAGAGCAGUCUUGUACAACCAUUGACUGCCCCAUCGUGUUCCGCCGCAUCAUCGCACAGCAAGACAUGCUUCGAGCGGACAAUCUGAGGGACGUACUGGACAAAUUUCUACAGUACUAACCACCUAACAAUUGGUACACGCCACAGAUGUACGGCAAGUUACUCUGAAUGAUGACUGUGAUCAUGGUAAAGUUGGAGGGGACAACCAGAAGAAGGAAGUACAGACUGAAGAAGAUGAAAUGAGUGCAAGAUAAUGAAUACAAGGCUGCAUGCUGCAGUGGAUGAACAGUCCUGUCGAAUAAUGGACAUGGAAGGGUGCUGAAAGAGAGGAAAGGCUUACCCAUAUCUGGGAGGUGGCCCACAAUUAUUUCAUGUGGAUCUUCUGUAACUUGUCUUGUUGGGAAAUAUAUGAGUGCAUCUUCUGUUUGAGAAUUCAAGUGUAAACAAGGAUUAGGAUGCUUGCCAAAGGAACUGGAGGCCUCAUCAAUAAGAGAGAUUACAAGAUUAUUUUUAUUUUUAAUGAAAAAUUUUUGGUGGAAUAAUAAUUGCUCAUAUCUAGAAGGGAAAGUUAUGUACAACCAUUACUUUUUAAAAAAACCUUUAUUCCCGUCUACCCUUAGACAUCGACUUUUGGGGAAAAUAUCCGUCCGGAUUCAAGUCAUGAAGACCAGUAAAAUCUUUGGAGGCAUGCACGCCCCCCCCCCCCAA